GUGCCUCUUCCAUCCAUUUGAAAGCUUGCCCGCCGUCAUCUAAUUGUCGAUUCUCAUGGAACAGGAUAAUCGUAAGGAUCACAUCCGUAUUGCGGAGGAGGGGAUCCAGCAUAAUACCACCCGUCCGUUGGUUCGUCGGGGCUCGAAUGCCUCAUCUAUGUCCAUUCACAGUGCACGGGGAAGACUCUCUGCACCCGAGAAUUUGCUCCCUAUCACAUAUCGCACCCUGUAUCUCGAUUGGCAUGUUCUCUCCGUCAACGAACUGCAGACGCGCCUCUCUACCUCCACGGCCCAAGGUCUUUCUAGUGAGCAGGUCGCACGUCGUGCAGCAGAAUAUGGAAAGAAUAAGCCAUCCCCUGCACCGUCAAGAUGGUUUCUAACUACCCUGGGAUAUCUCUUUGGCGGCUUUGGUUCAAUUCUACUGGGCGGCUCCAUUCUGGUCUUUGUCUCCUGGAAGCCUCUCGGCCAGCCCCCGUCUGAAGCGAAUCUGGCGCUGGCUCUGGUUCUACUUGCCGUCUUCAUCAUUCAAGCCGGUUUCAACGCAUGGCAGGAUUGGUCUUCCUCCCGCGUCAUGGCAUCUAUCACCACGAUGCUUCCAGAUCAGUGUAUUGUCAUUCGCGAUGGGAAGCAGAGCAGUAUUAGCGCAAUCGACUUAGUACCAGGAGAUGUGAUCCAAAUCAAGCAGGGCAAUAAACUGCCCGCUGAUGUACGUUUUGUCCAAGUCUCAGCAGAUGCUAAGUUUGAUCGAUCCAUUCUGACGGGUGAAUCCGAACCGGUUACUGGGACCGUCGACUCGACGGAUAACAACUAUCUGGAAACUCACUCCAUUGGCCUCCAGAGUACACACUGUGUCUCUGGCACUGCCCUUGCCGUUGUGGUUGGAACUGGGGACUUGACCGUCUUUGGACGGAUUGCGGGUUUGACCAACAGACGCCGCACCGAGAGAACUCCCAUGCAGAAAGAAAUCUUGCGUUUUGUCCUGAUCAUCGUCUCUUUCAUUGUGACUUUUGUUAUUAUCAUAAUUGUUAUCUGGGGCGCAUGGCUCCAUCGUGACUAUCCAGACUGGAUCAAUGUCCCGACUCUUAUCGUUGACUGCGUCAGUGUCGGCAUUGCCUUCAUUCCUGAAGGCCUUCCUAUUGCGUUGACAAUGAGCCUGACCAUUGUGGCGAACAUGAUGAAGAAGAAUAAGAUCCUCUGCAAAACCCUGGCCACUGUGGAAACCCUAGGAGCUGUUUCCGUCAUCUGCUCCGAUAAAACAGGCACUUUGACAAAGAACGAAAUGUAUGUCACUGAUUGUUUCUCUGGUGGUGAGGAAUACCUCGCCGAAGGCGCCAAAGAGUACAUGGUACAUGGAUCCGGAUCUGGGGAAUUCCCCAAUGAGUCUAUUGGCCUUGUCAGGAUUGUCGCAUGUCUCUGCAAUGCAGCUGAAUUUGAUGCUUCAACCCUGGACCGCCCAUUGCAUCUCACAAAAAUCCACGGUGAUCCCACCGAUCAGGCAGUUCUCCGGCUCUCUCAGUCUCUCGGGCAUGUGAGUGAACAUCGGGACCAAUGGAAGAAGGCAUUCGAAAUUGCAUUUAAUAGCAAGAAUAAGUUUAUGAUCCGUAUCAUGAUUCCCAUUAAUGCAAUGGAAGAGGGGUACUUGUUUAUAAAAGGCGCUCCAGAUGUGCUGCUAUCCAGAUGUACACAGGUGAUUAAACGUGAUGGAAAGCCUGGCGAGCUGUCAUACACUGAGCGCACCAUGGUCGAAGCCACCAAGGAUAACUGGUCAGCAUGUGGAAAGAGAGUCAUCCUGAUGGCUCAGAAACCGGUUACUUCUGAGUGGAUCAGCUCAGUUGCCUCCUCGCAAGACGAGAAGCUUGUUCUUCAAGCUGCGCGGGACGAAUUGACCCUGGUAGGACUUGUCGGCAUUGCUGACCCUCCAAGAGACGAAAUUCCGACUGUUAUCGAUACCCUCCGUAGAGCCUCUAUCCGAAUUAUGAUGGUCACUGGUGAUUACAAGCUCACGGCUCAAGCAAUUGCCAUUCAGUGUGGUAUUAUUCGCACACCUCCGGCUCUAAUACAUGAUGUCAACGCUCUGGACCACUCAGAGAAGGCACUCGUGCGCUCACCUGGCUCAACCACGGCCAUCGUCGUUAGCGGUCCUGAUCUUGCAGACCUUUCUGAUGAGCAGUGGGAUAGGCUUUGCGGUUAUGAGGAGAUUGUGUUUGCCCGAACCACGCCCGAGCAGAAGCUGCGCAUUGUCAAGGAGUUCCAAGCCCGCGACAACAUUGUGGCCAUGACUGGUGACGGAGUCAACGACGCUCCCUCCCUCAAGGCAGCCGAUGUGGGUGUGGCUUUGGGUAGUGGCUCAGAUAUCGCUAUUGAAGCGGCUGACAUGGUUCUCCUCGACUCGUUCUCCGCCAUUGUCGAGGCCGUUAAGUACGGAAGAUUGGUAUACGAUAACCUCAAGAAAACAGUCAUCUACCUUCUUCCUGCAGGAAGUUUCAGCGAGCUAUGGCCGGUUGUUACCAACGUUGUCCUGGGUGUUCCCCAGGUUUUGUCUUCAUUCCUCAUGAUUAUUAUUUGCUGCCUUACUGACUGCGCUGGUGCAAUCACGCUUGCCUUCGAAAAGCCCGAAUCCGAUGUGCUCCUCAGACCCCCACGAGACCCGAAGAGGGACCGUCUUGUGGAUGCUAAACUCCUUCUGCACGCAUACGGGGUUGUAGGACUAUAUGAGUGCUUCAUGUCUUACGUUAUGGCAUUCUGGCACAUGCAGAGGAGAGGUGUUCCAUUUAGUGCCAUGGUGCUCAAAUUCGGCAACAUGGCACCACAAUAUGACCCUGACUAUGUGACCCAGGUUGCUAAUGAAGCAUCUUCGAUCUACUUUGUCACUCUGGUCAUCAUGCAGUUCUUCAACUUGCUUGCCAUUCGUACUCGCCGCCUGAGUAUCUUCCAACAGCCGCCCAUCUUCAAUCAGAAAACCCAGAAUCUGCUUCUAUUCCCUGCAAUGACUUUCGCCCUGUGCAUUGUCUUUGUCUUCUGCUAUAUUCCUCAGUUGCACGAUUCUAUUGCCACUACGACGAUUCCAGUGGAGCAUUUCUUCCUUCCUAUCGCCUUUGGCCUUGGUCUUCUUAUCCUUGAUGAGACGAGAAAGUAUUGUGUGCGCCGUUGGCCUCAUGGUGUCCUGGCAAGGAUUGCCUGGUAGAUAAAAAUAACUCUACGGGUUCAUUUUUCACAGUAGUUCUUGACGACUACAAUCCCGUUCCGGCACUUGACAUAAUCUAUUACCCAGAUGUAAAAAUUUAACAUUGCUUUUGAU